AUUUAGUACAUGAAAUAAAUAUAUUGCAGCGAUAACGGGUGUACGAGAGAAAUUUAUUAUUUUUCAUACAUUUCAACGGGUGAAAGGUGUAUUGUUGAUUUUAUAAAGCAUGAGAAUAUGUAUUAAACUGUUUGUGUUGCUUGUUGUGGUCCACAUAUCUAUUGCACUACUUAACAAAACUGAAAUCCACGAAGUGAAUAAUGAUCUGAAAGCUGCUAACACAAGAAGAAAAACGCAUCGAUCAACUUCUUCAUCCAGCGGCGAUUUCAAGAAAGACGACAACAAUCUGGGCGGUAAAAGUGAGUCAUUGGAGAUUUCCGAUUCAUCAAGUUCAUCAGAAUCAGUAGAUAGAGAUAAGAAAUCAACACCUGCGGGGACUGGUUGGAGAAAAUGGCACAGGAAAUGCACUCCUUGUCCCGACGACAUGGUGAAGAAAUGGAAUGAUCGUAGUAUAAAGUGGAUAUGUGGUGGCUACCAAAGGGCCAGGAGGUCGUUCAAGAGUUCCUGCAUGAUGCAUUACAGAAACUGCCAAGACGGAACAAUGUUCCUAAAGAUUCAUGACCACAGAUGCGCGAAUAGCACUGACGAUGAAGGGCCGAACACCUACAGGGUCCACUUCUUUUACGACUACAAGGUUCGAUCUGGUAGUGGAUCCACUGCUUCAUCAUCAGAAUCAAAGAGUGAUUCUGAUUCUACGUCGGAAUAAAGCAUGAGCAUUUACUUAUUAAAUUUGAUUAAAAAUAUUUCAUAAGAA